ACUUACAAAUUACGGGCCCUUUGCUCUAAAAUUCUGAACAACUUGAAAUUAGCGGAGAAAAGUGUUCAUACUUUAUUGUGUGGCAGAAAAUUAAUAUGGAAACCAAAGUCGUCAAGAUUGGGAGUUCCUUGCUUGUUCCUUCUGUUCAAGAGUUGGUAAAAAAUCCCAUCACCACCAUUCCAUCGAGGUACUUACGUCCUGACCAAGGUAACCAAAUUGUUUCAGAUGCCGGUUCGAUGCCUGAGAUCCCCGUUAUCGACAUGGACGGCUUGGUUUCUAAAGAAUCAAUGGAUUCUGAGUUAGCCAAGCUCGACUUUGCUUGCAAAGAAUGGGGGUUCUUCCAGCUCAUAAAUCAUGGAAUGAGUUUAUCUCUGGUGGAGAAAGUGAAGACAGAGACUCAAGACUUCUUUGACCUCCCAGUGGAAGAAAAGAAAAAAUACUGGCAAUAUCCCGGAGAAGUAGAAGGAUUUGGGCAAGCCUUUGUUGUAUCAGAUGAGCAAAAGCUUGAUUGGGGUGACAUGUUUUUCUUGACCACCCUCCCUGUCCAAUCUAGGAAGCCCCACUUAUUUCCCAAGCUCCCUCUUCCUUUCAGAGAUACCUUGAAUCAAUACUCAAUGGAGUUGGAAAAACUAGCCAUGGCCAUCCUAGUACAAAUAGCAAAAGCUGUCAAUAUGAAAGUCGAGGAAAUGAGGGAGUUCUUUGAAGGGGGAUGGCAAUCAAUGAGGAUGAACUAUUAUCCUCCAUGUGGUGAACCAGAGCAGGUAAUUGGAAUUGCCCCUCAUUCUGAUGCCUCAGGUCUCACCAUCUUGCUUCAGGUCAAUGAAGUCGAAGGUCUCCAGAUAAAGAAACAUGGGAAAUGGAUUCCUGUUAAGCCCCUCCCCAAUGCCGUCAUUGUCAAUAUUGGAGACGCUUUAGAGAUUGUAACAAACGGGGCAUACCGUAGCAUAGAGCAUCGAGCAACAGUAAAUUCAGAAAAGGAAAGACUGUCAAUUGCUACAUUCUGCGGCCCCAAUUAUAAUGGAGAAGUAGGCCCUUCACCAAGCUUGAUCUGUCAAGAAAAACCAGCAAUUUUUAGGAGAGUUCGAGUAGAUGACUAUGUCAAAGGCCUAUUUGCUCGCGAGCUGCAUGAAAAAUCACAUUUAGAUUCCCUGAGAAUAUAGCAAAUUAUGUUGGGGGCUUUGGGGCAACAAUUGGUUGAUUUGGCUGUCAAAAAUGUUGCCCUCUGGAUUAGGUGUAUAGUGCUCUGAAACAAAAGUAUGCAUUGGUUUAGGACAAUUAGAAUUAGAAAAUGCUUUUCAUUGUCAAAGUAAUAAUAGAGUAGUAAUUAUCCGAAAAAUAUAAUAUUUUUUUAGGGAUAAGAGAUUUUUAAGUUUCGCACAGUUUUUUAAUUUUUUU